AGUGGUACUGAUGCUGAUGCAGUGUGGAAGAGAAGAGCGCAGAGCAACGUGCAGGACGAUGCGGGGGUUUCUCAACUCCGCGCCACUCGUCUCUUCUGAAGGAUAGGCUUUACCUAUCCCCUUGUAAAUUAUAUUUUUGUAGGAUUUUGAUAUUUUUUUUCAUCCAAGACUGUCUCCGGACCAAUAUUUUGCAUUCUGAUCGGAAAAGACGACUGCAGUUGAUUUCACUUGUCUCAACUGAAUACCCACGGCGUAGCGAAAUAGAGGCACUUUGAGUGAAGGACGCGUUGGUUUACUUACAAUCAUUCAACAGAUUAAAACCUUCCGCGGACCAAAGUUGAUCUGGAUAUCUGCUUGCCUGGAUAGAUCGCAACCAUGGCGGAUGCUGCAGCCGAAUACGGCGUGAAAGUAAUGUGCCGAUUCAGGCCACUAAAUGAAUCCGAAAUAACAAGAGGAGACAAAUACAUCCCCAAAUUUAAAGAAGACGACACCGUGGUUAUAACUGGUAAACCAUAUGUCUUUGACCGCGUCCUGCCUCCCAACACAGCCCAGGAGCAGGUCUACGAUGCCUGUGCCAAACAGAUUGUUAAAGACGUCCUUGGAGGAUACAAUGGAACCAUCUUUGCCUAUGGACAGACCUCCUCGGGGAAGACCCACACCAUGGAGGGCAAGCUCCACGACCCCCAGCUGAUGGGCAUCAUCCCACGCAUCGCUCACGACAUCUUCGAUCACAUCUACUCCAUGGACGAGAACCUCGAGUUCCACAUCAAGGUCUCGUAUUUUGAAAUCUACCUGGACAAGAUCCGAGACUUACUAGAUGUGUCAAAGACCAACCUGGCUGUGCAUGAGGACAAGAACAGAGUUCCCUAUGUCAAGGGUUGUACAGAGCGCUUUGUGUCCAGUCCAGAGGAAGUCAUGGAUGUCAUCGAUGAGGGAAAGGCCAACCGGCACGUGGCUGUGACAAACAUGAAUGAGCACAGUUCCAGAAGCCACAGCAUCUUCCUGAUCAACAUCAAACAAGAGAAUGUGGAAACAGAGAAGAAACUGUCAGGGAAGUUAUACCUGGUAGAUCUGGCUGGUAGUGAGAAGGUCAGUAAAACAGGUGCUGAAGGAGCCGUGUUGGACGAAGCUAAAAAUAUCAAUAAGUCCCUCUCUGCUCUGGGGAAUGUCAUCUCUGCUCUGGCUGAGGGAACAAAAACCCACGUCCCGUACAGAGACAGCAAGAUGACCCGUAUCCUGCAGGACUCUCUAGGGGGGAACUGUAGGACCACCAUCAUCAUCUGUGCAUCUCCCUCUAUCUACAACGAGUGUGAGACCAAGUCUACCCUCAUGUUCGGACAGAGAGCCAAGACCAUCAAGAACACCGUGUCUGUGAACCUGGAGCUGACUGCCGAGGAGUGGAAGAACAAGUACAACAAGGAGAAAGACAAGAACAAGAGUCUGAAGAACGUCAUCCACAGACUGGAGAUGGAGCUCAACCGCUGGAGGAACGGUGAGAACGUCCCUGAGGAGGAGCAGCUGAGUGCUAAGGAGCAGAAGCACCUGGAGCCGUGUGACAACACUCCCAUCAUAGAUAACAUGGCUCCAGCUAACGGCCUGGUCCUGGUCUCCACCGAGGAGAAGAGCAAGUACGAGGAGGACAUCAGCAAUCUGUACAAACAACUGGACGACAAGGAUGAUGAGAUCAACCAGCAGAGCCAGCUGGCUGAGAAACUCAAGGAACAGAUGUUCGACCAGGAUGAGCUGCUGGCGUCGACGAGAAGGGACUAUGAGAAGAUCCAUGAGGAUCUGUCUCGUCUGCAGACAGAGAACGAGGCUGCCAAGGAGGAGGUGAAGGAGGUGCUGCAGGCGUUGGAGGAGCUGGCUGUGAACUACGACCAGAAGAGCCAGGAGGUGGAGGACAGGAGCCAGGCCAACCAACACCUGCAGGAGGAGCUGCAGCAGAGGACUACGGUCCUGUUGUCAGUUCAGAGGGAGCUGACCACGCUCCAGGAGCUCAGUGGACACCAGAAGAAGAGAGCUGCAGAGAUCCUCCACCUGCUGCUCAGAGACCUCAGUGAGAUAGGAGCCACCUUGGGCACCAGCGACAUCAAGGUGAUGGCUGAAGGGAACGGUAACGGUGGAGUGAUUGAGGAAGAGUUCACCAUGACCCGUCUCUUCAUCAGUAAGAUGAGGUCAGAGGUCAAGACUCUGGUGAACCGCUCCAAGCAGCUGGAAAGCUCCCAGAGUGACACCUCAUGCAAGAUGGCCGCCAACGAGAAGGAGCUGGCUUCCUGUCAGUUGCUCAUCUCCCAGCACCAGGCCAAGAUCAAGUCCCUGACAGACUACAUGCAGAACAUGGAACAGAAGAAGAGACAGCUGGAGGAGAGUCAGGACGCUCUGACUGAGGAGCUGGCCAAGAUGCACGCUCAGGAGAAAAUGCACGAGGUGUCAGUGGUGGACACGGAGAAGGAGCACAUCAGUAGACUGGAGGGUGAAGAGGAGAUUAAGAAGACUCUAGAACAGCAGAUGGAGGCUCACAGAGAGGCCCACCAGAAGCAGCUGGCCCGACUCAGGGACGAGAUCGAUGACAAACAGAGGACGCUGGAUGAACUCACAGAUCUGAACCAGGGCCUGAUGCUGGAGCAGAGGAGGCUGAUGUCUGACCAUGAGAAGCUGAAGGUGGAGGAACAGGAGAAGGACAUGAAGCUCCAGAAGCUGGUCAUCUUCAACGAGCAGAGGGAGCAGGCCAGACAGGACCUGAAGGGAUUGGAGGAGACUGUGGCCAAAGAGCUGCAGACUCUUCAUAACCUACGCAGGAUCUUUGUUCAAGACCUCACAACACGCGUCAAGAAGAGUGCAGAGCUGGACUGUGAGGAUGGAGUGGGCAGCGCCGCCCAGAAACAGAAGAUCUCCUUCCUGGAGAACAACCUGGAGCAACUCACUAAAGUCCACAAGCAGUUGGUGCGUGACAAUGCGGACCUGCGCUGCGAGCUUCCCAAGCUGGAGAAGCGUCUUCGGGCCACGGCCGAGCGGGUCAAGGCCCUGGAGAAUGCCCUGAAGGAGGCCAAGGAGAACGCUAUGAGGGACAGGAAACGCUACCAGCUAGAGGUGGACCGCAUCAAGGAGGUUGUCAGGGCCAAGAACAUGGCCAGGAGAGGAAACUCCGCUCAGAUCGCUAAGCCUAUCCGGCCAGGCCAACACCCCAUGUCUUCCCCUACAGUCGUCAGAGGAGGAGGCCUCUACAGCCACAGCUACAACCACAGCACCAAGUAACCAUGUAGAAUGUAGACCCUGAGUCACAAGUGCAUGUGUGGUAGGUACAGACUGUCCCAUUCCCAGUAAGACCCCACUGUCCUCAUCCUCCUGUCCUUCCUCUGGGUCUAGGAGUAAGACCCCUCUGCCCUCAUCCUCCUGUCCUUCCUCUGGGUCUAAGAGUAAGACCCCUCUGUCCUCAUCCUCCUGUCCUUCCCUGGGUCUAGGAGUAAGACCCCACUGUCCUCAUCCUCCUGUCCUUCCUCUGGGUCUAAGAGUAAGACCCCUCUGUCCUCAUCCUCCGGUCCUUCCUCUGGGUCUAGGAGUAAGACCACUCUGCCCUCAUCCUCCUGUCCUUCCCUGGGUCUAGGAGUAAGACCCCUCUGCCCUCAUCCUCCUUUCCUUCCUCUGGGUCUAGGAGUAAGACCCCCCUGUCCUCAUCCUCCUGUCCUUCCUCUGGGUCUAGGAGUAAGACCCCUCUGUCCUCAUCCUCCUGUCCUUCCUCUGGGUCUAGGAGUAAGACCACUCUGCCCUCAUCCUCCUGUCCUUCCUCUGGGUCUAGGAGUAAGACCACUCUGCCCUCAUCCUCCUGUCCUUCCUCUGGGUCUAAGAGUAAGACCCCUCUGUCCUCAUCCUCCUUUCCUUCCUCUGGGUCUAGGAGUAAGACCCCCCUGCCCUCAUCCUCCUGUCCUUCCCUGGGUCUAGAAGUAAGACCACUCUGCCCUCAUCCUCCUGUCCUUCCCUGGGUCUAGGAGUAAGACCCCUCUGCCCUCAUCCUCCUUUCCUUCCUCUGGGUCUAGGAGUAAGACCCCCCUGUCCUCAUCCUCCUGUCCUUCCUCUGGGUCUAGGAGUAAGACCCCUCUGUCCUCAUCCUCCUUUCCUUCCUCUGGGUCUAGGAGUAAGACCCCCCUGCCCUCAUCCUCCUGUCCUUCCCUGGGUCUAGGAGUAAGACCCCUCUGCCCUCAUCCUCCUUUCCUUCCUCUGGGUCUAGGAGUAAGACCCCUCUGCCCUCAUCCUCCUUUCCUUCCUCUGGGUCUAGGAGUAAGACCCCUCUGUCCUCAUCCUCUUGUCCUUCCUCUGGGUCUAGGAGUAAGACCCCUCUCCCCUCAUCCUCCUGUCCUUCCCUGGGUCUAGGAGUAAGACCCCUCUGCCCUCCUCCUCCUGUCCUUCCUCUGGGUCUAGGAGUAAGACCCCUCUGUCCUCAUCCUCUUGUCCUUCCUCUGGGUCUAGGAGUAAGACCACUCUGCCCCCUUCCACUCUACUCUGUGGCAUCUUUCAUAGUUUUCACAUACUGUAUGUCUCUCUUUCCAUUGUACAUGUACAUAUAUAUUUCAUUGUAGUGUUGUCUUGGAUGGGAAGAUGUGUGCUGAUAGAAGGUGACAUGUAUAUUACAGAGGGUGUUAUGCCGUCACUAAGAACCACAUUGUAUAGUAUAUGACAGUCACAGUAAUGUAAACAGGAUCUUGACUUGUUGAAGAAUCCUUUGCUUUGCCGACUGCAUUAGGAAUGUAUGAUAGUUCACCUAAAGAAGUUCAAAGGUCAGACUGGAAUGAUCGUCCACCUGCACUGUGUUUUGCACCAUAUUCAUUUACUUCAGUUGUGAUCAGCACAUUGUUUUUGCUCUAUUGUAUUGGUAAGCAUAUUGGUUAAUGGUUUACCAAUGCUUUUAGAGACACUUUAAUCUUAAAAGAAGCUAAGUCUGAAUGUAAUGUUUUAAUUCACUUACAAAACAAGCUGUGCUCUAUUUAAUCAAUAAGGCCAGAGGGGGUGUGGUAUAUGGCCAAUCUACCACGGCUAAGGGCUGUUCUAAAGCACGACGCAACGUAGAGUGUCUGGAUACAGCCCUUAGCCGUAGUAUAUUGGCCAUAUACCACAAACCACCGAGGUGCCUUAUUGCUAUUAUAAACUGGUUACCAACAUAAUUAGAGCAGUAAAAAUAAAUGUCUUGUCAUAACCGUGGUAUACGGUCUGAUAUACCACGGCUGUCAGCCAAUUUUACCAAGUCUCAAAUUGUGAGGUAGAUUUCAAUAUCCACCAUUAGAGGGCAGUGUUUGACAGCUUAGUGCACUGCACUGUAUCCAUACUAGGCUAAUGCAGUGAUGCUGAUCAGCCAAUCAGAGAUGUUCAUGCAGUGAUCCUGGGGAACAGUGCAAUACACUCUAUAUCCAAAACACAGAAAGAGAAGAUGGUAAAAAUGUAUGUUUUAAUGUAAGCUUUCUACUUACACUGUGGCUCCAAUUGUUUUAGUUAUUUAUCACCGUACUUGCCUCUCACCACUUGCCAAACCGUCAUUGUAAAUUAACAUGUCUUUGUGACUGACUUGCCUAAUAUAAACUAAUUUUAAGUAUGGUCAUGUAAAUAAAUCUCAUCAGGAAGUGAAUUAUGUUUAAUCUGAAUGGAGGUCCAUUCCCCAAGUAUGUGUUGAUAAUUCUGUUAUGCUUUUAAUCUGAUCAUCUCAGAGCAUGAUUUGGGUAUAUGUACAUAAGGUUCUAGAUGUGUGUUCCAUUUGUAAAUGAUUACAUUUUUGCAGCUUUCACCGCCAUGCCUAUAGCUGCUUACCGUAGUAUGGCUAUGGGAUAUUGUAAGACGUUCCCUCAAUGAAGGAACAGCACCACAAGGCAAAUUAGCUUUGAGAUGUUGCUUUGAACUCUGCCUUUGAACAUAUGGAUGGCUCCAAAUAAAAGCAGGAAUAUGAUUGAUUAAUGGCAAUAAUAACUGCAUGGUGUAUAAUUCAUUUUAAAUGUUUAAAUCGAAGGGAAUAAAUAAAGAUAUUUAACAUAAA